UAGGAACUCCAAGCCAAUUCCUUCCUGUCUCUCCAGGGCUAGAGGGGCAGGAUGGUAGAGGCUAGAGCAGGCAGCUUAGCUGGCAGCAUCUGGGAAGGUGGAGAAGAGUCAGGGCCAUUGGCAGGACUGAGGGAAGAGCUCCUGUCAAUGUCUGGUGAGGGAGCAUGCCUCAGAGGAUGGUGUCUUCCCCUGAACUCUUAUAGUCCCACCCUUGGGAGCAGCCCAGGAAGGUGUGGAGGCAACUUGGAGAUAUAUUCACUGAGUGGGCAGGACGGGCUGGCUCUUUCUCCCUCUGACACAGCCAGCUUCUCCUUGGAAACAGUGGCUAAGAAUUCGUGCUCCUCAGCUUUGUUCUUGACUUUGGGGCUUCCAUGGCUGAUUUUGCAGGUCACCUGUUUCCUGGGCUGGUUUUGGUUUUCUUUGGACUCUACUAUGCUGUACUGGUAUCGUUGGCCAUCCUGAGGGGGCAGCGGCUCCUGAUUCCACCACUUCCUCCCCGGGAUAAGAGACCACGGGGCUGGCUGCAGCAGCUCCCCAUUGAGGGUUUGAUCAAGGUUGUUGUCUGUAUCCCUGGCAUGGUGGGUGCUUUGUUCUAUCCAUUAGGCUCAAACAGGCUUGCUAUUAUAGAUUGGGAAGACCCUGAGAGGAAAUUCUUGCAUCACAACACCUGGCAACACGUGACCAUAUACAGCUUCGUUCUCGUCAGUGGUCUGGUGGACAUAGUGAGUCGGAGCUGGCUGGCCAGGCAGCAGGUGAAGCUGGAGCAGGUUGCCUUGGCCUUGGCCUUCCAAGGAACUGCCCUGAUCCUGCUCUCCCACACCGAGGGCAAGAAUGUCCUGGAAGCCCGUGCCCACCUCCUGCUGGUGUUGCCAUUCAUGCUGAUGGCUAUGGUGCUGACCAUUGAACUCUGGUUCCCUGACCAGCCUGUGCUUUGGGUGUUCAAGGUCUGGAUGUUCCUCUUGUCUGGCUCCUGGUUUGCCCACCUGGGGAGCAUGAUCUUCCAUCCUAUUACUGGCCAUCCUUGGAGGGCAGAUAAACCUGGAGAUGUCAUGUUCCUCACCACCUUCUUCUGCUGGCACCUGAUCCUGGAUGCUCUGCUGAUAGCUGGCAUCUAUGGGCUGUGCAGCCUCUGGCACCAACGGUAUCCACCUCAGCAGGGGGGCAAAGAGUGCUGAGUACCAGCUGUGCCCCACAGAUCCCAGCACUGAAGAGCUAAAGAAGCUGCUGGUUGAGAUGAAUCAGGAGAAUGGUAGGAUCUAGGGUGUGAGACAGUUACAUGCUGUGCCUUUUCUCCAUCAGGGAUUGAGUAUUCCUAGAAUAUUCACUUGGUACAGAGCAUGGCAGAGAACCUUUCUCCAGCCAAGAAGGAUGUUUUUUCUUCAAUAAAAAGGACAGCCCUGAUCUAAACUUC